AUGGACAAGAUAAUAGCCGACGUAAGGAGGGCGGGCUGCGGACUCAGAACAGACAAAGGAGAAUUGACCAUACUGUGCUAUGCCGACGACGCAGUGCUAAUCUCCGAGAACAAGGAUGAGCUGCAAAAACUGCUACACCAAUUCUACUUGACGGCGACACUAUAUAACAUGAUGAUCUCAGUGCCGAAGACCAAAUCCCUCGUCAUCGCAAAGGAACCCAUCAGGUGUAAGCUGGCCGUAAACGAUGAAAUCAUAGAGCAGGUCAUGUCGUUCAAAUAUCUGGGAGUAGAAAUAUCCUCUAAUCAGGACAGAAAGAAGGAGGUCCAGGGCCAGAUCGACAAGGCGGCAAGAAUAUCUGGGUGCCUAAAAGAAAUCAUUUGGCGGAACAAACACAUGAAGAGGGAAGCCAAAGUAAAGAUCUAUAAAACCUGCGUCCGACCAAUUAUGACGUAUGCUGCGGAGACCAGAGCAGACAUCAGAAAAACCAAAAGCAUGGUCCGCACGACAGAGAUGCGGACUCUCCGAGCCAUCGCGGGGUACACACUCAGGGACAGAGUACCCAACGUGGCGGUCAGGGAAAUCUGCGGCGUCCAAGAUAUUAUCCGAUGGAUAAAGCGAGGAGCACACACUUUUGCAUAA